AUGAUCUUCACUGAUGGUGCAGCUGCUUCACUGAAGGGUGUGUUUGAGGUCUUAUCAGAAUUCACAAGUAUCUCCGGUCUGGUGAUAAACCCUUCUAAGUCCUCUAUCUUCAUGGCUGGCCGUAUUAGUCAACUUUUUAGAGACGAGGUUCAACGCCUAGGCAUUCCUACUGAAUCUCUUCCUGUGAGAUACCUUGGUCUCCCGCUUACCACGAAGACAAUGACCAAAGCAGACUAUGAGCCUUUGAUUGAUCAGAUUCGCACGCGUAUGGUGUCAUGGUCAAGCCGAUCUCUUUCUUAUGCGGGUCACUUGCAGCUUUUUCGAACAGUCAUUGGUAGUAUAACAAACUUCUGGUGCUCUGUGUUUCGGCUUCCCAAGAGGUGUCUAAAUACCAUCGAAGGGAUGUGUGCCACAUUUUUUUGGUCUUGUUCGCCACACACGCAUACGAAGGCAAAGGUCGCUUGGGAUGAUGUCUGUAGACCUAAGGACGAAGGAGGUUUAGGCAUUCGACGUCUUACAGACACUUCAAGAGUGCUCGCGCUUAGCUUGAUCUGGAGAUUACUCACGAACUCUGGUUCUUUGUGGGUAGCUUGGACGAAGGCUUAUCUGUUGCGUACUCACAGCUUCUGGGACGUUAACGAUAAGUAUGCAGGAUCUUGGAUAUGGCGUAAACUGUUGAAACUUAGGGACCAAGCUGCAUAUUUUCUCCGGUCUGAGAUAGAGAAUGGCAAAGCCACCUUAUUCUGGUUUGAUAACUGGCUUCAGGUUGGAAGACUUUUCAACAUCACAGGUGCUUCAGGAACACAAGUCUUGGGUAUCUCCCGCUACGCGACGGUCUCAGAAGCGGCCUCUGGUGGACAAUGGAACAUUCGUUGGUGUCGUGGCUAUCACCUAUGGGUGAUGAUAGCCUGCAUCAACUCUGUUUCAGCUCCGGCGGAGGACGCGGCUGCUGAUCUUCAUCUAUGGCGCCACGGAGAUGAGGAUUACAAACCAACCUUCUCGAGUAAAGCAACUUGGGAACAGCUUCGGGAUAGACUGUCGAGGGGAGCGAAAAACAGAGCUUGGGGUUGCGUGCAACCGUGUCUCCUCUGUGGUGAACCGGACGAAACUCGUGACCACUUGUUCUUCGCUUGCGCUUACUCAUUUACAUUAUUGAUUGAUCUAGUAGGAUUCCUAUUGGGUUCUCGUGUGAAUCCCGACUGGACUAUCACCGUCACAUCUCUUCUAUCUCAUCGCAGGAGGGAGAUUGAUACAUGUCUCCUGAAGCUUGCUCUCCAAGCUAGCAUCCAUAGUAUUUGGCAUGAGAGGAACAGCAGGCGCCAUCAAGGUACUCCUCUCAGCGUGGGUCAAAUGGUUCGAUACAUUGACAAGACAAUUAGGAACAGGAUAUCCUCUCCGUGA